AUGCAGCCUAACCACAUUUCACACGACACAAAACCGCGCCAGGAAGGCAUGGAAAACAAUGAGAAAGUCCCCACGGAACAGUCUCAAGCCGAACUAUCAACAAUGGAAAAGGAGGUCGAACACCUCGCCCGCCAGCUCAGCACCUCCCAUUCCUCCCCGGCCUCGAAUCCGUCCCUCGACGUCACCAACAACCCCCUUAGCCCCACGCCGGGAAGCAACCUGGACCCGUCAUCCCCGACCUUCGACGCCCGCGCCUGGGUCGCGGCCUUUGUCGAGCUCACGGAAUCCGACCCGGCGUCAGCGCCCCCGCGGGCCCUGGGCGUCGCGUUCAGGGGCCUGAACGUCUUCGGAUGGAGCACUGGCGCCGAGUUCCAAAAGUCCGUGGGCAACGUCCUCCUCUCCAUCGGGAAGACCUUGGCGAGGCUGGCCACGGGCAGGAGACGGCGCGGCAGACGCGUCGACAUCCUGCGGGACUUUGAGGGCGUCAUCGAGAAGGGGGAGAUGCUGCUCGUCCUGGGACCCCCGGGAUCCGGAUGCUCGACCUUGCUGAGGACGCUCUCAGCUCAGACGGCCGACCUGGAACUCGGCCCCGAGACGUACCUCAACUAUCGUGGCAUCGAUCAGAAGCUAAUCCGCACCGCUCUUCGCGGCGACGUCCUCUACAAUGCCGAACUCGACACUCACCUCGCCCACCUCACCGUCGCCGAGACCCUCGCCUUCGCCAGCCACGCCCGCUCCGUCCGCUACGUCCCGGCCGGCUUCUCGCACGCGCAGCUCGCCCUCGCCCAUCGCGACGUCGCCAUGGCCACAUUCGGCCUCACCCACGCCGCCGACACCCGCGUCGGCGACGACGUCGUCCGCGGGGUCAGUGGUGGCGAGCGCAAGCGCGUCAGCAUCGCCGAGGCAUCUCUCACGCGCGCGCGGUUCCAGUGCUGGGACAAUUCGACCCGCGGCCUCGACAGCGCCAACGCCGUCGCCUUCUGCCGCGCCCUGCGCCUCCAGGCCGACCUCCUCGGCGUCAGCUCGGCCGUCAGCCUCUACCAGGCGCCGCAGUCGGCCUUCGACCUCUUCGACAGGGUCACCGUCGUCUACGAGGGCAGGCAGGUAUUCUUCGGCGGGCGGGCGGACGCCAGGGCGUACUUUGAGGAGCUGGGGUUUCGCUGCCCAGAGCGGCAGACGGUGCCGGACUUCCUGACGUCCAUGACCAGCCCGCACGAGCGGCGCGCGAGGCCCGGCUUCGAGGACCUGGUGCCCCGGACGCCGGACGAGUUCGCCCAGCGGUGGAAGAAAAGCGGGCAGCGGCAGGAGUUGCUCCGCGAGCUGGCGGCCUACGAGGAGAAGCACCCAUCGGGUGAGCGGCUCGCGGAAUACCAGCGCUCCCGGCGCGCCGAGCAGGCCAAGACGCAGAGACCCGGCUCGCCGCACACCAUCUCCUACGGCCAGCAGGUGUCCCUCGCCUUCUGGCGGGCGUGGCGCCGCCUCCUCGCCGACCCGGCCUUCACCAUCGCCUCCCUCCUCUUCAACCUCGUCAUGGCCCUCAUCCUCGGCAGCAUGUUCUACGCCCUCCCGGCCGACACGUCGAGCUUCUACGCGCGCGGCGGCCUCCUCUUCUUCGCCCUCAUGUUCAACGCCUUCGGCAGCCAGCUCGAGGUGCUCACCAUCUACGCCGAGCGCCCCGUCGUCGAGAAGCACGUCCGCCGCUACGCCCUCCACCGCCCGUCCGCCCAGGCCGUCGCGAGCUACCUGUGCGACCUGCCCUACAAGCUCGCCAACAUGCUCGUCUUCAACGUGCUCGUCUACUUCAUGGCGAACCUCCGGCGCGCGCCGGCGGCCUUCUUCUUCUUCUGCCUCGUCACGCUGCUCGCCACCCUCGCCCAGUCGGCCAUGUUCCGCGCCCUGGCCAGCGUCACGCGGUCCCCGGACCAGGCCAUGAUCCCUAGCGCGCUGCUCGGCCUGGGGCUCAUGAUCUACACGGGCUUCACCGUGCCGGUGGCCGACAUGCCGCGCUGGUCGCGGUGGAUGGCGCGCGUCAACCCGCUGGCGUACUCGUUCGAGGCGCUGAUGGCCAACGAGUUCCACGGCCGGGAGUUCGGGUGCGCCGCCAUGGUCCCGCGGGGCCCGGGGUACGCGGACCUUCCGCCGGGAUCGCAGAUCUGCUCCGUCGUCGGCGCCGAGCCCGGCUCGUCCGUCGUCAGCGGGGAUAGAUACCUCGCGCUGGCCUUUGGCUACCGCGACGCCCACCGGUGGCGCAACGUCGGCGUCCUCUGCGCCUUCACCGUCGUCUUCUUCGCAGCCUACCUGUUCGCUGCCGAGCACGCCAGGCCGGCCAAGACCAGGGGCGAGGUAUUGGUCUUUCGCCGGGGCGAGGUCGAGUCCGGUCUCGGACCGGGAAAGACCGGAACUACAUCUCCAGACGGUGACGUAGAGGCUCAAGGGCAGGGCGUAAGUCCACCAGUCUCGGCCGUGGAAGAAGACGGUAUGUUCGACGAAAACAGCGACGGCGGCGGCGGUGGUGGACUCACGGCGAGCAACUCGGUCUUCCACUGGGAAGACGUCUGCUACGAUAUCAAAGUCAAGGGAGGCACUGAACGCCGGCUCCUGGAUCAUAUCGACGGCUGGGUGACGCCCGGCAAGUCUACAGUCCUCAUGGGCGUAUCCGGCGCCGGCAAGACGACGCUCCUCGACGUUCUCGCAUCCCGCGUCUCCAUCGGCGUCGUCAGCGGCGAGACCCUCAUCAACGGCACCCCAACAGACGCCACGUCUUUCCAACACCAAGUAGGCUACGUCCAACAGCAGGACCUCCACUUGGAGACCGCAACAGUCCGCGAGGCCCUGCAGUUCAGCGCCGUCCUCCGCCAGCCGGCCUCGACACCGCGUCACGAGAAGCUGCGGUACGUCGAGCACGUCAUCGACGCCCUCGAGAUGCGCGCCUUCGCCGGGGCCGUCGUCGGCGUCCCGGGCGAGGGCCUCAACGUCGAGCAGCGGAAGAGGCUGACCAUCGGCGUCGAGCUGGCGGCGCGGCCGCGGCUGCUGGUGUUCCUCGACGAGCCCACGUCCGGGCUGGACGCGCAGACGUCGUGGGCCGUCUCGGUGCUCAUCAAACGGCUCGCCGCCAGCGGGCAGGCCGUCUUGUGCACGAUUCACCAGCCGUCGGCCAUGCUGUUCGGACAGUUCGACCGGCUUCUGCUGAUUGCCCCUGGAGGGAAGACGGUGUACUUUGGAGAUAUCGGUGAAAGCUCAUCGACCCUCAUCGACUACCUCGAGCGCAACGGCGCCCCCGCCAUCGAAGCCGAAGCCAACCCGGCCGAGUGGAUGCUCCAAGCCAUCAGCCCGCCCCGGGACGGCUCCAAAGCCACCGACUGGCACGCCAUUUGGCGGAGCUCUCCCGAGUAUCGAGACGUCAAAACGGAGCUCUGCCGUCUGCGCUCCCUCGCCUCGUGUCCGUCUCGUUCGGCCCCGCCCGCGGACCGCAGCUCGCAGCAUCAAGAGUUCGUCUCGUCCUUCUCGGUCCAGUUCCGCGAAGUCCUCGUCCGAACCCUCAAACACUUUUGGCGAUCCCCAGUCUACAUUUGGUCCAAAAUCGCCCUCGUCGUCCUCUCGUCCCUCUACCUCGGCUUCAGCUACACCGCCACAACCUCCAUCCAGGGCCUCCAGAACCAGCUCUGGGCCGUCUUCCUCCUCCUCGUCCUCUUCCUCAACCUCAACGAGCAGAUCAUGCCCGUCUUCGUCCCCCAACGCGUCCUCCACGAGUCUCGCGAGCGGCCCUCGGGGACCUACCGCUGGCAGACCUACCUCCUCGCCAACAUCCUCGCCGAGCUCCUCUGGAACUCCGCCGCCGCUCUCCUCAUGUUUUCCUGCUGGUACCCCGCCGUCGGCUUCCCGCGCGCCACGCCCUCCUCCGACCCGGACCGCCCCACCCGCGCCCUCCUCGUCCUCCUCUUCCUCUGGGCCUACCUCCUCCUCACGAGCACGCUCGCCCACCUGGCCAUCUUCUGCAUCGAUCUCCCCGAGACCGCCGGCGUGCUGACGAGCCUGCUAUGGAUGCUCUGCAUCCUCGCCUGCGGCGUCGGCGUCCCACGCGCCGACUUGCCCGCCUUCUGGACCUUCAUGCACCGCGUCUCGCCCGCGACCUACCUCGUCGGCGGCAUCACGUCCGCCGCGGUCCCGAGCGUGGACGUCGUCUGCGCCGAAGCCGAGGUCCUGCGCGUCGCGUUGCCGGCGUCCGGAUUAGGCUCGGGGUCCGACGCGACGUGCGGUGGGUUCCUCGGUCCGUUCGCCGAGGCCGCGGGCGGCCGCGUGCUGAAUCCCGCCGCGGCGGGUGACGGGGCCGGGUCCGUUUGCGAGUACUGCCCGCUCGGCACGACGGGGGACUUCCUGGCGCGGUUCGACAUCGCGUACGGCACGCGGUGGAGGGACCUCGGGAUCGUGUGGGCGUAUGUGCUCUUCAACAUCGCGGCGGCCAUGGCGCUGUACUGGUUGUUCCGCGUGCCCAAGGGGAAGAGGGCGAAGGUGAAGAGAGCGUAA